AUGAGGAAGACCAAGGGCGGUCGGACGAUGAAUCCGACGGACUCGUUCCGCAAGGAGCAGCGGAAGCGCGAGAUCAAGAAGAACAAGGUGGAGCGCCGCAAGGUCCGCGAGACCGGCGUUCUGCGCAGCGACCCGGUCGCGAUCCGCGAGCAGAUCGCCAAGCUCAGCGCCGCGAAGUCAGAGGGCCCCAUGGAGAAGACUCGCAAGCACAAGCUGAGGCAACUGGAGGACCGGCUACAGCUGGUGCUGAAGAAACGCAAGGAGUUUGAGCAGAAAAUGAGGGAACGGGGAGAGGAUCCAGUCAUGUUCAGCCACCUCACUGCCCCUCGCAAGUCUACCAACGAAGCCAUCAGGAACCUUCGCCCAGAGGUGCGUGUGGGUCCACUAGGUGACUUUGGGGAGGAGGAGGGGGAGGAGGACGAGGAGGGGGAGGGGGGAGAGUGGGGAGAGGGGGAAGAGGGAGGAUUUUGUUUCCCCCCCGAAUUCCGCCCCCCUCACUUGCAACAGCCUCCCCCGCCUACCCCACGCGCUGGCUUUCCCCCUGGGAUGCGCCCCCCUCCCCCGCCCCCCCGACCUGGGGCAGGGGGAGGGAGGGGAGGGGAGGCUGGAGGGGAAGAGGAGGAGGAUGCUAGGCCGCCUGGGGGGAAAAGAAUCCCCCCUCCCCCUCCUCCCCGUCACCACCUCCCCUUGGGAUCCGUCCCCCCCGAAUCCGCCCCCUCCUCGCGUCCCCCUGGGGUUCCCCCUCCCCCUCCCCCCCGCAUCACCCCGGGAGCUCCCCCUUCCGCCACUCCCCCCAAUCUCCCCCCAGGCAUGCGCCCACCUGUUUUCCCCCCACCAAUGACCUCCGCAGGAGCCCCCCCUGGGGGUCCCCCUGGUACCCUCCCCCCUCCGCCUCCCCCCCGCCCCAUAGGGGGAGUUCCCCCCGGCCCUCCCCCCAGACCCAUGGGAUCCGCGCCCCCAUCCAUGCACCCUCCCCCCGGCCCUCCCCCCGCACACCUCCUCCGCCCCCAACACCCUUCCCCCGCCCCUGGCGCUCCCCCAGGCGCCCUAGCCCCCCCCGCCCACCUUCCCCCAGGCAUGCGCCCUCCCCCUGGCCCUCCACCUGGUCGUCCGCCUAUGGGCCUGGGGGGAGGACCGGGGGGGGGCAUUCCCCCCCCGCCUCCCCCUGGGAUGAGACCUCCCCCCGGCCCCCCGCCAGCAGCAGCCCUUGGCGGAGUGGGUGGGGGGAUGGGAGGAGGAGACGGGGUAGGAACGGAAGCAGGAACGGCAGGGGGAGGGGGAGCAGGAGGAGUAGGGGGGGCAGGGGAAGCGGGAGGAGCAGGGGGAGGGGCGGAGGGUAAGCCUACUCCUGCGUAUGUGAAGGUGGCGGCACCGAUGGUGGUGAAACGACCCCUGGCACAACACACACCAGAACUGACUGCCAUGGUGAGAGGGAUCAUUUCCACUCCAGUGUAUGUGAAGGUGGCAACACCAAUGGUGGUGAAACGGCCUCUGGCACAACACACACCGGAACUGACUGCCAUGGUCCCAGCGUCCGUGCGAGUCAGAAGGCAGGAGGCACCAAUGAAGCCCAAGCCAAAGGUCCCAGCGUCCGUGCGGGUGAGAAGGCAGGAUACACUGAUGAAGCCCAAGCCAAAGGCCGCCGCUGCUGCUGCUCGGGCUGCUCCUGCUGCUGCUGCUACGCCUGCCGCCGCUGCUGCUGCGCCGAAUAAACCAGCCAGUAUUGAUGACUCGUAUUCUGCUUUUAUGGAGGAAAUGAAGGAGCUGGGUGCCUUUGAAGGGGAUGAGAGCUAG